CACCAGCCUUCGUCCCCUCCAGCUCUGGAAAGGACACCCUCUCCUCAGCUGCCUGCCACACCACAGCACAGGGUAGAAGAAAGAAAGCUAAUUCUUCUUCUCCGACGACCCACCAACCUCUCAUCUCUCUCUUUCUCUUCCACAAUUCAAUUCCAGUUAUAGCGCGUCCGAUCACAUUUAGCCCGACAACGAUGGCGGAGAUCCUGCCUCCCCCUUUACCCACUGCCACCACCCUCGGACCCUUAACCCACCAAUCCCACUCGGUACCGCCGAUUCCCGGGAGACUACCCCAACCCACCCUCCGCUUCCGACGCCACCGCGUCGGAUGCAUCAUGCACCGCCCGGAGAUCGCCCGCGCCGGCGGCUCUUUCUUCUACGGCACCGUCGGACCCAGCCUCGCCGACUGGCAGAGCACCUGCGCCAUCCUCUCCGCCGCUGGGAAGGGGGAGGUGGACGGUCAGAGCCACGAGGCAGCUCCCGUCCCCGCCGUCGUCAACGGCCACGCGUACGCCGCGGCCGCCACUCUGGAUGUGGUGCCGCUGCCACGGCCGCUGACGAUCGGGGACCUGGCCCCGGCCCCGAUGCACGGGUCCCAGCUCCGCGUGGCCUACCAGGGCGUCCCGGGGGCGUACAGCGAGGCGGCCGCGGGAAAGGCGUACCCGGAGUGCGAGGCCAUCCCCUGCGACCAGUUUGAGGUGGCCUUCCAGGCGGUGGAGCUCUGGAUCGCCGACCGCGCGGUCCUCCCCGUGGAGAACUCCCUCGGCGGCAGCAUCCACCGGAACUACGACCUCCUCCUCCGGCACCGCCUCCACAUCGUGGGGGAGGUCCAGAUGCCGGUGCACCACUGCCUGGUGGCCCUUCCAGGGGUCCGGCGGGAGUGCCUGACCCGGGUAAUGAGCCACCCGCAGGCCCUGGCCCAGUGCGAGCUGACACUCAACGGCAUGGGCCUCAACGUGGCCCGCGAGGCGUUCGACGACACCGCUGGCGCCGCCGAGUACGUGGCCGCCAACGGGCUCCGGGACACGGCGGCGAUCGCGUCGGCCCGGGCGGCGGAGCUGUACGGGCUGGAGGUGCUGGCGGACGGGAUCCAGGACGACUCGGGCAACGUGACCCGGUUCGUGAUGCUGGCCCGGGAGCCCAUCAUCCCGCGGACCGACCGGCCCUUCAAGACCAGCAUCGUGUUCGCCGACGACGGGGAAGGCACCUCCGUGCUCUUCAAGGUCCUCUCCGCCUUCGCCUUCCGGGACAUCUCCCUCACCAAGAUCGAGAGCCGGCCCCACCGGAACCGGCCCAUCCGGAUCGUGGACGAAGCCGACGCCGGAACGGCCAAGCACUUCGACUACAUGUUCUACGUGGACUUCCAGGCGUCGCUGGCGGAGGCGCGGGCGCAGAACGCGCUCGCGGAGAUCCAGGAGUUCACCUCCUUUCUCCGCGUUCUCGGCAGCUACCCCAUGGACAUGACCCCCUGGCCGCGGGCCCACGACGACACCGAUCCUGCUUCCAACCCGUGAAUCAAUCAAUCCGUCGAUCGUAUCGAUCAUCGAUGCGAUGGUGGCGUGGUGAAUGGAUGUCCGCCCUUUCUCCUUUCCCCUCCCACAGACCUACCUACCAAAUUGCCUGCCUGUCUGAACCUGUUCGUUCGUGUUCUUCAUCAGAACCACCCGUACAUCGAUCCAUCAAUUUCCCAGCGCGGCGGCUGCUGAUGGACGGCCGUGAUCCCUUCUUUCUUUCAUUUUCUCCUAUCUUGUUUCUUUAAGAAGAACUUUGUAUACAGAAUUGCAGAUACCCUCUUCUCUAAUUGUGAGUUUUUGCCCUUCAUGUCAAUUUGUUGGUCAACCGGUGCCAUCACGGAAAGGUUGGUGAGAUCGCAAGGCGCCAAGUGUACUUGACUCCGUCAGUCGCCCGGUCUUACUCCUUAUUUCCUUUGGGUGGCCUUAAUUUUUUUUUCCUUUGUUUUUAUUAUUCGUCCACGUGCAUUCUGCUCUGCU